AAACAGGGCGGGCACUCUCCUCACAAUAGUUGUGUUUUUGGUCAGUAAGCGGAUAUUUUGUGACAGCACGCAGCCGAGCCGGAACUGGUGCUUGCAGUUUUUAGUCGUCGUCUGCUCACUUCUGCUUUCACCGCGCCUCUUCGGAUGCCCCUCGCUGAGAGGCGAAGCGUCGCGUGGAGCAGCGGGAGGGCCUCGUCACAUGGGAGUGUGCGACCGUGUGCGUGAGGGUGUGUGUUCAGGCCUCCUGCCGUCGCCCACUCUCGUCGGACCGGCAUGGCGGGGGGCAGGGAGCGCGGCUCCAGGACCCAGAGGCCGUGGUCGGUGUACCGGGCCAACACGUUCGAGCUGUCCGAUGAGAUGAUCAGCUUGGCUCUGGCAGGAAAUAGUCAGGACCCGGACGAGCCGGUGCUGGAGUUCAGCGUGGUGUGCAACGACCUGGUGACUCCUGCUUUGGAUCGGAAACCCAACAGCUUUGUAGCAGUGAGCUGCACGACGCCACCGCAAGCUUUCUGGACCAAACACGCCCAGACCGAAGUCAUCGAGGGCACCAGUAACCCCAUCUUCCUCAGCAGCAUCGCCUUCUUCCAGGACUCCAACAUCAACCAGCAGACGCAGGUCAAACUGGCCGUCUACGACGUGAAGGACCGCUCACAGGGCACAAUGUACAUGUUGGGAUCUGCACUUUUUCCAGUGAAGGAGUUGCUGCAAGAGAAGAGUCACAGAUUACAGCUGGAACUGAGGUCGGCAGAGAACCAGCGGGUGGGGAACAUCACCGUAGCCGGGUGGCAGAUGGAGGAGAGGGCGGAUCAGAGGAUGUCGGUCGGCCGUCUACCAGACAGCAUCAACGGCCGGACGGUGCUGCCUGUGGACGAGAGCCUGACGGAGUCGAUGGGGGUCCGGAUCAAGUACGCGUCGCUAUGCAAAGACACGCUGCUGCGCUCUGUGUUUGGAGGCACCAUGUCCAGGAUGUACCGCUUCCCCACCACGGAUGGGAACCACCUCCGGGUGCUGGAGCAGAUGGCCGAGAGCAUCCUGUCGCUAAACAUUCCCAGACAGUUUGUCAAGCUGCUGCUGGAGGAGGACGCAGCCAGGGUUUGUGAGCUGGAGGAGCUGGGAGAGUUGUCGCCUUGCUGGGAGAAUCUACGUCGUCAGAUCAUCUCUCAGUAUCAGAGCAUCAUACUGGCCUACCAGGAAACGCUCUCUGACCUCAACGAUUACAGAGGUCCCUCGUUCAAAGCCAGUAACCUGAAGGCCGAGAGGAAGCUGGAGUUCAUGCCCACCAACCUCCACGUUCAGAGGAUGAGGGUGCAGGACGAGCUGGGCUUUGAACACACAUAUGACGUGGUGACGAUCGGAGCUCCGGCCGCUCACUGCCAGGGUUUUAAAAACAGCGGCCUGAGGAAACUCAUCCAGAAGUUUGAGGAGGCAAAGAAACACGUUUAUGAGGAGGGAUGCAGCGCCCUCUCCAGCUCGCAGUCUAUCGUCUACAUACCCCAGGACAUAGUCCGAGCCAAAGAGAUCAUCGCCCACAUCAACACGUUAAAGACUCAGGUCGGCUACUACGCUGAGAGGCUGUCCAGAGCUGCCAAAGACCGAUCAGCCAGCGGACUGGAGAGGACGCUAGCUAUUCUGGCUGAUAAGACUCGUCAGCUGGUGACGGUGUGCGACUGCAAGCUGCUGGCUUCGGCCAUUCAGGCCCUGAACGCAGCCCGGCCCGAGUACAUCGCCUCCAAAGCGUCGCCUUCCGCCGAGUCGGAACAAGUCGUCCUCCGCAACGACCAGGACACGCUGCUAGCCAAGUGGAGCGGCAGCAACAGCCGAUCGUCACUGCAUGUGGACUGGCAUGAAGAGGAGUGGGAGAAGGUGUGGUUGAACGUGGAUAAGUCGCUGGAGUGCAUCAUCCAGCGCGUCGACCAGCUCCUUCAGAAAGAGAGGAGACCCAGUGACUGCAGUCAGGACAGUAUCCAGAGCGACCUGCAGGGCGGCGCCAGUAAGAAAGAUGACGGGAAACGACGAGCUUUCUGGAUCAACCCGAGCAUGUCAGAGGAGUCUCCAUCAAUACCAUCAUCAUCAUCAUCAGAACCUCUUCAGCCAUCCUCAUCCUCACCACCUCCACCACCAUCUUCUUCCUCUAUGCCUGCCCUCUCCUCCGCACGUCCUCCCAGCCCCGAACAGCAGACCUAUGGAAGCCCCACCCCCGAGGAGGCGUACCCAGGCGAGUGGAGCGAGGCGCUGUACCCGCUCCUCACCACGCUAACCGAGUGCGUGGCCAUGAUGAGCGACAAGGCCAAGAAGUCCAUGGUCUUCCUGCUGAUGCAGGACAGCGCGCCGACGAUAGCCAUGGACGUGUCUCUGCAGUACCGAAGAGACGUCGUCUUCUGCCAGACGCUCACCGCUCUCAUCUGCGGCUUCGUCAUCAAACUGAGGAACUGUCUCCGUGACAACGGCUUCCUGCGGCAGCUCUACACCAUCGGCCUCCUGGCUCAGUUUGAGUCCCUGCUCAGCACCUACGGGGAGGAGCUCGCCAUGUUGGAGGACAUGAGUGUCGGCGUCAUGGAUCUGCGUAAUGUCACCUUUAAGGUCACUCAGGCCACCGGCAGCUCGGCCCCCGACAUGUUGCCGAUCAUCACAGGAAACAGAGACGGCUUCAACGUCCGCAUCCCGCUGCCGGGAACCAUGUUCGACGCGUUGCCCCGGGAGAUCCAGAGCGGCAUGCUGCUGAGGGUUCAGCCGGUGCACUUCAACGUGGGCAUCAACGAGCAGCAGACGCUGGCCGAGAAGUUCGGAGACACGUCGCUGCAGGAGGUCAUCAACUCAGAGAGUCUCUCCAGGCUGAACUCCUACUACGAACAGUUCAAAGAAGUCCUGCCAGAGGACUGCCUCCCCAGGUCUCGGUGUCAGACUUGUCUUCCUGAGCUGCUGAGGUUUCUGGGGCAGAACGUCAGCGCGAGGAAAAACAAGAACGUGGAUAUUCUCUGGCAGGCUGCCGAGAUCUGUCGCCGGCUCAACGGAGUCCGUUUCACCAGCUGCAAAAGCGCCAAAGACCGCACGGCCAUGUCGGUGACGUUGGAGCAGUGCUUGAUCCUGCAGCACGAGCACGGCAUGGCGCCACAGGUCUUCACGCAGGCCCUCGACUGUAUGCGCAGCGAGGGAUGCCGACGCGAAAACACCGUGAAGAACGUCGGGUGCCGAAAGUACGCGUUCAACUCUCUGCAGCUCAAGGCCUUCCCCAAACACUACCGACCUCCUGACGGCACCUACGGCAAAGUGGAGACCUGAUUGGACCAAGGAGAGAUGUGGUAGAUAUAUUACUGGACUACUGUGUGGCGGGGAAAGCCGAGAUUAGACCGAGUACAAUCAGAAACUGGAGCCUCACGUCUCCUGGUUGCUGUGACUGUAGUUUAGAUUGUUUUUCAAGGUUAGACUGUGAUUUGUUGCACAUGAAUAAACAGCAGCACCGUCCUCAGUGGAAGCUUUCUGCCACCUUUAAUAACUGUUUUCAGAUACUGUACACUCUGCUUAUGUCAUAUUAUGCACAAUAUGCAUUGAAUACACUGCCUCAGCAAUCAAAUCAGAAUGAUCAAACUGAAUUAGACAGGUCUGUCUUUAAUUACGCCAGCCAGCGUCAUUCAUUGUUGCCUUUUCGUUGUAGUCGUUGAGAGAAAUGUAAAAUAUUCCCCGUCUUCUAGCUUAAAGAUACAUGAGAUGAAACUUAGCCUCCAGCUAAAGAAACAAUGCUACCAGAAGUGCCCUUGAGCAAGACAAUGAGGCCUUACGACCAGUUACUUAGAGGGGAAGAAUUGCGGCCACUAGGGGGCAGCAGAAAACAGGAAAUAAUUUAUCUUCAACCUGCAAACGUUCCUUAAUUUGCAUCCUAAGAUGUAAAAAUAUGAAUCCCAGCCACAUUAAUAGCAGAAGAAGAUGCAUAAGCUUGAGGAAGUUUUAUAGAACAUCAGUUUGUUUUAUUAUUUUUUUUUUCAGCGAGUACCGUUUAAGUCACAUUUGCACAUCGCUCAGUAAAAGUAGGAUGUUUUCAUUUUUUUUGCUCCACACUUUCCCUCCACGUAGCACAACCUCUUCAGAAUGUGACAUGGUUUUUAUUAUGCAAUUUGUUUUCAGUGCUUGUAAUAAAGACCGGGCAUUUUAGUUUUUUUCAAUUUCAAACAAGUGUUUAUUUAUAAAUAUAUAUAUGUGUACACACAAAUUAAUUAGCAUCCUCUAAAAUCAAGUGUGAUUUUAUGCAUUUAUUUUAUUUUGAACAUAUUUUGAUAUAAACCUCAACAGUUGUCGUUUCCUAUAAUUAAAAAAAAAAUGCAUGUACUUAUUAGUUUGAUAAUACAAUUUCUUUACUAAUUAUACAAUAAUUUAUCUGCACUGAUCCAUUUCUGAACACACAGGGGGUUAAACAUUUCUCUUAUUAACAUUUUAUCUGACUGUCAGAAACACAUCCUCUGCUGUAUUUACUCGUUUGGUUUGUCCUGUUAGCACAUGCUAGCAGUUCAUGUUUUAUUUGAGAGCGACUGUAAACGUUUCGACGUUGUAUCAUAACUUGUCGAUAUCUGAUGCUGAAAUAAAUCUGAAAGGGGG